CGAGAGAUCCGGUUAGUGGUUAGGCUACUUCUAAGGCAUAGGCAUCCACUCGUCCCCAUGGGUACCCCCCUUCAUCCUCGUUCCACCACAUAUUCCUUCCUUUUCCUCUCUUCUUCCUCUUCCUCUUCCUCUUCCCCACUUUCCCCCUCUUUCUGCUUUUUCAUUCUUCCGCCAUGUCUACUCCCGCCGCUGCUUCUGCCUCCCCUCUCAUCUCCGUCAGUCCCGAUGAACUCAGGUUCCCUUUUGAGCUGGAGAAGCAAUCAUUUUGUGAUCUUAAAGUUGUGAAUAACACAGAGAACUAUGUUGCUUUCAAGGUCAAGACCACUUCGCCAAAGAAGUACUUUGUACGGCCUAACACUGGUGUUAUACAGCCCUGGGACUCGUGUAUCAUCAGAGUCACUCUUCAAGCCCAACGUGAAUACCCUCCAGACAUGCAAUGCAAGGACAAGUUUCUACUACAGAGCACAGUAGUGAAUCCAAAUACUGAUGUUGAUGAUCUUCCUGCAGAUACUUUUAAUAAGGAAAGUGGAAAUACAAUAGAAGAGUUGAAACUAAGAGUUGCGUAUAUUGCUUCUAACUUAACCCAAGGAAGCUCUGAAGAUGAUGCAUUGAAGAACUCCGCACAAAAACUUGAUAGUUCUUAUAAUCAGGCUUUACAGCAGCUGAAGGAAGAAAGAGAUGCCGCCCUGAGACAAACACGACAGCUGCAACAGGAACUGGACAUGCUGAAAAGGCGAAAAAGCCAAAGAGGAGAUCCUGGCUUUUCCCUUAUCUUUGCCUUUUUUGUAGGUCUCAUUGGACUUGUGCUUGGCUUUCUUUUAAAACUUCUAUUCUCUUCACCACCACCAUCACUAUCACCAUCUACGGAAUGAUUUUUAUUGUGGAAACCCUUUGCAUGCAAGACCUUUCUCGUGUUAACACUGUAAAAGUGUAAAGUUCCUAUAUUCUUUUCAAUGAGAUUUUUGUUCUUUA